AUGAGUAGUAUCAACGAAGAUACAAUUAAGUCUAUUCUUAAAGAAAUGAACGAAAUGAAAAAUGAAAUUAAUUCAUUAAAAGAAAAAGUUUCUUCAUUAGAACAUAAAAUUGAAUUAAAAGAAGCACUUGACUUUAUUAAACAAAAAAUUGGAUUAGAACAAGGGACUAAUGUUGAAUUAUAUGGUGUAACUGUUGAAGAUCUCCUUGAAGGAGAAUUAACCUGUGUCUCUAAUUUUCAUGAUGGAACACCUUCAAAAAACACAUAUAAUAACACUGCAUUAACAACAAAGAAAGGUAAAAAGAAAGAGAUUAGAUGUGUUUCUUCAACAAACUUAGAUAGAGAAGGUAAAAUUCAAAUGCUUUGGAAAGAUAAUAAUACUGUUGUUCUUUGUCCUAGUCUAGUACAUUAUUAUGAAGUUAGUAUUAAAGGUAAAUCAGAAUAUUGUUGGAUUUCUGUUGGAUUGAGUUCUACUAAAACAAUGAUUAGAAAUCAUCAAAUUGGAUGGGAUAAAAGAACUAUUGGAAUACAUUCUGAUGAUGGUAAGGUAUUUAAUGAAAAUGGAAAAGUUGGAUUAAAUUGUACAACUUCAUUUGGUCCUGGAGAUGUUAUUGGGUGUGGAUGGAACUCAACAAAUAAAACAGUGUUCUUUACUCGAAAUGGAGAAAUGUUAGAUACAUUUAAUUAUCCUCAUACAGUAUUAAAUUUUGGAAUUGGAAUGAAAGACUUUGAAAAAAUCGAAAUUAAUACUGGAGAAAGAGAACCUUUUGAGUUUGAUUUAUGUUCUUUUGUUGAAGAUUUAGUUGCUCAUCAUUGUCAAAAACAAAAUUAUGAUGAUUCUAUUGAAGAAGAUGAAAAUUCUUCUAAUGUAACUUUUAGUUCUGAAGAACAAAACGAACAAAAAGUUAAAGAAAUAAAAAAGCCAUUAAAAACAAAUCAUAAAAGAGAUCAUUGCGAUUGUUGUGAAUGUAAACAUCAUCACUAA